AUGAGCUGCAAUAUUAACAUCAAUGAAACUAAAAAUCUAAAAAAAAUAUUUCAAAAUGUAUCUCUGGACAGAGAGGACAUAAUAUUACAGACAUUUGAAAGAAAAAAUAUACAAACUAUAUAUGAUUUGGCAAAGCACUUCUCAUUUUUUAAAUUUACUACUUUUGUUAAUGCAUGUAAUGAUGAUAACGACGAUUCAAUUGAAAAAAUAAUAAAUGAAAACGGAGAUUAUUAUAACAUUCAUGGAGUUUCAUAUAACAUAAAUUUAUCUCCAAAUUGCGAAAAUAAUAAUGAAACUGUUAACGGCACUACAUCCAAUCAAAUAACACAAAUUAAUGGUACACAUAAAAAGGAAAAUAAUGGAUGUGUGGAUCCAAAUUGGGCACAUAUUAAUGGGACUAUGAAUGGUGUUCUAACAAAUAAUGUUCAUAAUAAACAUGCCGAAAAUAAUAAUAGUAAAAGUAAGUGUAUAGGCAAAUCAUAUACCGAUAUAGAAGCAAAAGAAAUGCAUAAUUACUAUGAAAAAAUAAAAAAGGAACAGAGUGAUUUGAAAAAUAAUACUAAUUCUAUAUACUUUGAUAUACAUAUUAAUACUGAUGCUAUUAAAUUAAUUCAAGCACCAGAUAGAGAUAAAGUAAAGUUAAUAAAUAUAAUUUAUGAACUAAUAAAAACAAAUGAUAUAUUAAUGAUGUGUAUGUAUUUAAAUUUAGUAAAUUUAUGGCCACGGUUUGAAUCAUGUAACAUUCAUGAUUUUAAAACGCUUAAAAAUUUAAUAAUAGAUGAAAAAAAAUUUGAAUAUAUAAAAAAUGAAAUUGGUAUUUCAUUUUGUGAAUUUAUUAUAAUUUUAAAUUUUAUAUUAAAAGUAAAAAAAAAAAGAAUUUUUUGUAAAAAUAUAUUUAAUCAAUGUAAUCAAUAUAAUUACACAAAUUCUAUUAAUAAUAAGACAAAGAAAGAAACUAAAACUAUAUGUGAUAAAAUUCAUCAAUUUAUUGAAUAUGAUAAUUGGAUAUUUCAAAAUAUUAUAGAUAACCCAUUUUUUCAGAGAUUAAGAAAUUUGUCACAAUUAGGAGCUUGUCAGUUUGUUUAUCCUGGAGCUACACAUACAAGAUUUGAACAUAGUUUAGGAGUUGGUUAUUUAUCUGGGAAAUAUUUUACUCAUUUAUGUAAUAGAUCCAAUUUAUCACCAUAUUAUGGUGAGUUAAAUAGAAUGUUUCGAUGUGUACAAAUAGCAGCUUUAUGUCACGAUUUAGGUCAUGGACCAUUCAGUCAUACUUUUGAAAGUUUUUUUAUGAAUUAUAAAAAAAAAGAAACAGAAUAUAAAUGGAAUCAUGCUUAUAUGUCUCUUAAAAUUGCAGAGCAUAUAAUUGAAAAUUUAAUAGAUAAAGAUGAUGUAUUAGAUGUUAGUGACAUAAAGAUUAUCAAAAAAUUAAUAAUGGGACGAAAUCACAAUAAAUAUUUUUGUGGUAUAGAUCCAAUAGAUUCUUUAAUUGAAGCUUCAUUUGAUAUAAUAUGUAAUAAUACUAAUGGAUUAGAUGCCGACAGAUUUGAUUAUUUACAAAGAGACGCAACAAUUGCUCCACCCAAUGGUACCCUUCCUUCAUUAAACUGCAAUCGUAUAAUUGGGGAAAGUGCAGUUAUAAAUGGGCAGAUAACUUAUAAUAUCAAAGAAAUUCAUCCAGUUUGGACAGUUUAUUCUAAUAGAUACUCAUUAUUUAAACAGGUAUAUACACAUAGAAAAGUUCGAGCUAUGGAGCUAAUGUUAUGUGAUGGAUUUCGUUUAGCAAAUAAUAUAUUUAAAUGGUCUGAAUCAUUACAUGAAUUAAAUUCUUUUAUUGAAUUAACUGAUUUUUCUAUAAUCAAUGAUAUAAAAAAAAAAGGAAAAACAACACCAAAUGACCAAAAUAUUAAAGAUUCUUUAAAUAUAAUUAAUGCAGUCAUCCAAGAUAGAAAUUCGGAUUAUGCUUAUAAAUAUAUUUCAGAAAUUAAUAUUUCAGAACCUACAUUAAUUAAUCAUUUAAAAGAUAUAGCAAAUGAAGAUCGAAUUUCGAGAUAUGCUCACGGAUUAAGUCCUGGUGAUAUAAUCAUUGAUUGGAAUUACUUAAAUUAUGGAAUGAAAGCAAAUGACCCAUUAGACUAUGUAUAUUUCUAUAGUUCAGAUAAUGAAGACGAUGCUUUUAUUGCACAUAAGGAAUAUAGAGGAACGUCACCACGAUAUUUUGAAGAAUGCAAUGUUAGGUUAUAUUGUAAAAAUAAAAAAGUGGCUCACUUAGCUAAAGAAGCCCAUUUAAAGUUUCUAUCCAAUGAUGUUUUUCCCCAUUCUUCCCCCGAACUAAGGGGGGAAAUUUGA